UUCUGAGGAGCGUGAGAGUAAGGGAGCGUCAGUGUCUCUUCUUUUGUCUGACAUUCACUGUCUUCACUACAGUUAGAUAACUACUGUGCAGGAUGAACGUCAUUAUAAGACUGACAGGAGCUGUGAUGCCUGGCUGGGGAGUCCUUCUGAUUAAGGUCCCAUAAAUUUCUAGCUUCCCUGAUGUGGAUUUUGCGGUAAUACAAAACUCCUCCACCACCACCACCACCACCACACCACCACCACCACCACCACCACUACCGCCAUCAUCGCCUCCUCACCUCGCCCUCUCAGCUCAAAAAUUCUUCGUCUGCUUCUCUGAGGAUGCAUCAUCAGGCAGUAGCAUCAAUAUGGGUACUGGUGACCUACUCCCUUGGCAUCACCGCCCAGCUCCCUCCCUCACCAGUACCUCCCACCUCCACGCCCUCAGGCACACCUAGUCACUCUGCCUCCUCCUCUGACGCCCACUCCUCAUCCCUGGAAUCUGCAACGACCACCAUCAUGUACCACCAUUACCACGACCCCCCGGACACCGCCUCCACCGCCGCCACCGCCACCACCACCACCAUCCGCCACCGCCACCAGUUCUUCCACCUUCGCCACAACCACCACCUUGAGUCUGUGGAGGACCAGGCGGCGGUACUGGCUGAGAUGCGACACGAAUGCGAGGUGAAGAUGAAGAACGAAAGGCAAGGCAUGAGAGUGGGAAGGACAGGAGCGUUGGUCAAGUCACCCACCACCACCACCACUACUAUCCCACACACCGGCACCUUCCGCGCCUCCAGCAGCACCAACACCAACACCAACACGGCCCUAAAUGACCCCUUGCAGCCCCCAGGAUCCGUGAAAUGGGAGGAAAACGAGGAGCUUGCCGAAGGAGACGAGGCCGAGAUUGAAAACUUUGAUCGAGUCCUUGAGAACGUGAAGGAAAACGAGUCUUGGGAUGGCCACUGCCCCACGACCUUCGAUAAUAUAUACUGCUGGCCAAAGACGGCGCCAAACACCAUUGUAGCCAUCCCGUGCCCUAGUUACGUCAAGAACUUCAUGCGAGGGAGCGAAGCGACGCGAUACUGCACCUCCCAGGGCACGUGGUUCAGCCUGGAGGGAAACAAUAAGUCGUGGACCAACUACAGCCAGUGCUCCGCCACCCUGGUCGUCCCUAUUGUCGUCAACUCCACGCUAGAGAUGUGGGUUCCGGUGGUGAGGGUGGUGUCGCUGAUUGGCUACAGUGUCUCCCUCGCUACACUGCUGGUCGCCUUCUCCGUGCUGGCGUGCAUCAAACACCUGCGCUGCCCGAGGAACACUUUGCAUAUGCACCUCUUCCUCUCCUUCAUCUGCCGCGCCGUGGGAGCUUUGGCGAGGAACAAUGACAUCAGUGGCGUGACUCCUCAACAACCUCACUCAGACGGCGGGACUUGGGGGUGCCGUCUUUUCACGUCGCUCUGGCAAUACUUCAUCCUCGCCAACUAUUCGUGGAUCCUGAUGGAGGGCCUAUACCUGCACAACCUCAUCUUCCUCGCUCUCUUCACGGACAACUCGGCCAUCACACUCUACAUCGUCCUUGGCUGGGGUCUGCCGUUAAUCCUCGUGGUAGGGUGGGCGGUGGCGAGGAUGACGGCAGAAAACACCCUUUGCUGGUUCACCAACGCGAAACCCUGGCUGUUCUGGACCUUCAUAAGAGGGCCAGUAGGCGUCUCUAUCUUGGUGAGUUUCGCGCUGUUCCUCAACAUCGCGAGAGAACUGCUGCUCAAACUCAAGUCGUCCACGGCCCCGGAGACUCGCAGGUGCCGCUACAGACGGUGGGCUCGCUCCACGCUGGUGCUGGUGCCGCUGUUCGGGGUUCACUACGCGGCUCUGCUCGGCUUCACGUAUUUUAUGGGCAAGAAUUCCACCAUUGAGAUCAUCUGGCUCUUCACGGACCAGCUGUUUGCCUCUUUCCAGGGCUUCUUCGUGGCCACUCUGUACUGUUUGCUGAACGCUGAGGUCAGGUCGGAGCUACACAAGAUAUGGCAGCACUGGCAGAUGAACAACAAGUCUGACAAAAGCCUCAACUUUCAUUCCGCCUUGUCUCACUCCAGGACUUAUUUCAGCAGCCGAGGUACCGGAGCGCCGUGGAUGUGCGCCACGUCAGGGAGGAGGAAGGAGUGCGGCGUGGAGGCGAGCAAAACACCUGACGAAGUAGGAAUGUCUGUGUUGGAGAAGACGAAUGGUUCACCUGCCCAAGCCACCUGUCUCUCUGUGCUGGACGACACGCAGAACCAGGUUUCCUUCACCACGAGUCUCGCCGUGGUGGAACUGCAGCCGCCCCCAGAUUCCACCUCCGUCACUUCGCCCCUGCAGGAAGCGACUGUCCUCUGCAAUCACCAGACACCGCCCGAGGGAGGUGACAAAGCGUGCGUGCUCCUGCUCCAGCCUCUCUCCAGCGUCAACCACGGCCCGGCUGACCACGAGGACCAGGGGAUGAAGACUCACUUAGACGAUCAAGAAUGUGACUCGGUGCUCGAUAUCCCGCCGCCCUCCACGAUUAUCUACGAUGCUGGGGACUCGUGUGAGGGCUCCCCGCUGCUGCCCCAAGGGGCUUCUCCCUCCCUCCCCGCCCUGACGGAGAGUACUUUCUAAGGACUGUAAAGUAUCGCGUAAAUCUCCCUCGUGUGGUCCUCUUCCCGGUAUGUUAAUGGAGACGAACUAUAUGUAACCCUCUGUGUUGUGAUUGUGUUUAGUGUGUUAAGAAAUUAAGGAUCCCAGGAACCUCUAGUGUUCCUGCAAAUACUCUUGUUGUGCUCUCCGAUCCUCUUAACGUGACUUGAGCAGCGGUUCAGAUAGCUUAUGUGAAGGGAUGCUUUGAUAUUGAUGUUUACUCCCUUUUUUUUCUCUUGAACACUUAGUCACCUGAACGCUGCUUCACCUGAACUGUGAGAUCCGAGUACCAGACACCGCUACCUUUCCUGAUUCACCUGUACAUUGCGUCUCCAAGGUACUGACUCACGUGAACUUAUUUGCAUUUGUACUUAGAGACGUGGGAACUUCAUGGACGAAGAAAAGUGAAAGGUGAAAAGUGCCCAUCGUUCUACUGGUGUGUUGUGUGAACCAAGGAGACACGAGGGCUUUGGAUAAGAAAGUAAAAAUGUGAUUGAAAGUUGUAAUUUAACAGGACAAUGGAACUAAAGCGCAAGAUAUGUAAGGUGCAUAGUGGUUUAUUUUAUUUGUUUAUCCAUUUUUUUACCCAUCAUGUAUAAAGAAACUAACUCAAGAUCAUCAUCAAUCUGUCCUGUUCUACCAUAGAUAAGUAAACAUGGGACAGAAAGUUGAUACCUAACAAGACUCGAUUUGUGAGCCAGUAGUUUAUGAGACACAAAAUUGAUUCCUACUGUCUUUUUUUCUAACAAUGCAGAUAACUGAUAUACUGCUUUAAUCCCUUCAGUACUGAGGCGAAUUCUUACCUUGAUUUUUGGGUAUGAUUUGACGAUUUAUGUACAUUAGGAAGGGUGUAAGGAGGUCGAAAGAUUAAUGACUAGAAUCUUUACUAUUCUAAUCGCAACAUAUGGUUCUGAAGCUGUAUAAAGUCGUCAAGUAGUAACCAAAAUGAAUAUGAAAACGCGUCCUGGUGCUGAAGAGAAUAAAUAUACACAAAGAUGAGCAGUCCCUUCAACACAUCAGUACAUUAUAAGACACAAAAUGCAUCCCUACUCUGUCUUUCUCUUCUGUAUCAAUGCAAACAUUUCUUUUUUCAAUGCUUUGAAUGUAAACAAAGAUGAGCAUAAUUGUAAUGGCUUAAUCUAGUCACACGUCAUGUCAGUGCUUUCACAAAUCAAACAUUAGUCUAGUCUAACUUUUAUCAGUAACUCUUGACCGUCCGUAUCGUUGGAGGUACUGAAGCUCUGCCAGGAUGAUGAUGGAAGCGAACAUUUUGGAAUAGUGUUGGUCAGUACUCCUUGUCUCCCGCUGCUGAUAUUGUGUGUAUUAAGUGGUUCGUAUUAAGAUGAACUAGAGUAUUGUAUUGUGAACUCUUCUUCGUAAUACAGUGACUGGCAAACGGUGAAAAAAUAGAGAAAAAGAAAAAUGAAAGAAAAUGCAUAACGCCAUUCUGUAAAAGAAAAAAAAACAAGGAAAGAUCUAAACGAAUUGCUAUUUUUUUUUUUUUUAAUGGAAAGUAAAGUGAAGGAAGAGUCGUGAAAUUUAGUUUUGAUGUAAUAGAAACACUUAUCUGAGAGAUACUUUUGGUUGAAGAAAAGGAAGAAAUUAAACAAAUACUCAUACAAUAAUACCACUCCUAGAAAUAGGAAUCCAAAAGUAAUCCCAGUUUUUAUAGAUAGACAGUCAUUUUUUGCCAGCGUAACCAAUCAUGGUUUUAUAGUCCAUGUGGUAUUCAUUAUAGGGCAAAGCAAAACGUGGAUACGAACUGAGCGGUGGUGCGGAGCCAAUUACAACUUGCCUGUGCAGUGAUCAAUGCAAGUGGAUGAGUAAUGUGCAGCGCGUGUGGGUAAAGUGUUUGCGUUGCCAGGAGAUCGAUACGGAGCUGCCUAACGAGACCAUCAAUGCCUGACACUUCAGAGCAACACCCGCCCACUGACGUGACAGCCCCGGGAAUUCUGGCAGUGUUUGGGGUGGGAAGAAAACGAGGAAUCAGUGUCAGUGAUGAAAGAAAAUGGGAUUACAGGGAUAAGAUAAAGAAAUGUGAGUGAUCAAAUGAAAUGAAUGAAUGCAAGGAUUAUUUUAUGUACGUAGAAUGGUAAAUGAGGAACAACUGCAGUGCUUGUCUUAUAGAAUAGAAAGUGAAAGGAUGAGUUUAUAAUUGUGUAGUGGAAUAUGAAAAAAAAAAAAAAUGGAAGAUCAAAUGACGAAUGGUAGAAAGCAAUGUAAUACAGGAAAACUCUUGAAUGAAAACGAGGAGAACAUAUGUGAGUGAUUAGGAAAAUAAAGUAGAAAGAAAAACAACACCUGCAACAAAAAAAAAAAAACAUUAAAGAAAGAAACUAGAAAAUUAUAUAUAAGUCACCAGAAAAUAAAAUGAAUGAGAGAAAGUCAGACUAUGAACCUAAAUAAUACAUACAGUGAUUCUUUUUAACUAUAAUUGAAUCUUGGGUUUGUUUUCACUUUUUUUAACAUAUACAGUUUUCUUUCUCAUUUCCUUCAAGUAUUUAUUCUUUUUAUGAUUCUAGUACAAUUUGUAUCAUUUAUCAUUUUACUACUACUACUACUACUACUACUACUACUACUACUACUACUACUACUACUACUUGGCGUCGGUCACUCGGGUCACGGACUAAACUAUCUCGGAUCAAAAUGAAGCAGGACUCGAGAUAAGAGUUAGUGUGUGAUUCGGCGACGCUCUUCCUCAUCCAGCGCCUUCCCUUCACCCUCUCUGACUCCUUCCUACCCAAGCGUGACGGCGAAAGUUGAGUCAAGUAGCCCUUUUAUUAUUUUUUCUCCUCCCAUUUGUUUUUCCAGGUCACGAAGUUUAUUUAGUAAGUUUUUUUUAUAUGAGUUUCUUUCUUCGACUUUUUCCCCCAUACAUGUUCCUUUUUCCUCAAUUGUCGUGAAGAAUUUGUGAAGUCUGUGCGUUAUUUAUUCAUUCAUCUGUUCAUUCAUAUACGUAAGUGUAAAGAGAAACUCAGCUUUAUUCUCUAUUUCAUUCCUGGCGUAUCGAGGGUAAGAAAUUUAGUCAGUCUAUUGAACUUACUCUAAAUAUUACAAUCAAAAGGCAAGAAGGCAAGAAUUGAAAAGCUGGACCGUGUGUUGGUUCAGGUUUCAGGAGCUGCCUUCCAUGGAUCAACAAGUCUUCUGUGGCCUUAUUUAUUUUCCCUCGUGUUCUUUUUUCCCCUUCAAUACUGAGACGCAUUUUUACCUUGAGUUUUAGGUAUGAUCAGGCUAUUAGGAGGGGUCUAUGGAGGUCAAAAGAAUAAUGGCCAGUGUCUGCUAUUCUAAUCUCAACUUGUGUUUCUGAAGCUGUAUGAAAUCGCCAAAUAGUAACCGGAAUGAAUAUGGAAACACGUCCUGGUACUGAAGGGAUAAAUAGUUUCUUUUUUGAAUUUAUAAGCAGUGUUUUCUUGUUUUGUAUUUUUUUAAUUUAAUUCUCGACUUUUUUUAGUAGUAUUUCUACUCUAUUUUUUUUACAUUAUAAAAAUUUCUCCUUCUGAAUUAUUAAUCAGUAUAAUUAUUUAUUCUUUAGCUUUAUUUUAUUUGUUCUUUAUGAUUCCUUUUCUUGAAUUUGUAAUCAGUGUAACCAUUUCCACUCACCUCAUUUCCCUACGCUGUUAUAAAAAUCACUCUCUCGAAGCGUUGUUUCUGUAAGCUAACUAGCAGUCUGAAGGCGAGAUACUGUUGCAUCAAUGUAAACAGCGUAUCCUUUUCUCGGGCAAACAGUCAAUCAAAUAAGGAAGUCAGCAGGUGAGGUACUGUAGCGUCAGAUUCAUCGGUGUAGUUUUGCUCGAACUUAGUUAUUUAAUCAAACGAGGCAGUGGACACAUGAAGUACUGCAGCGUCAGUCUAAUCAAUGUAGUUGUCUUCGAAUCAAAUUAAUCAGUGAGCAGGAGAGACUUUGUAGCUCCAGUGACGUUAGGUAAUGUAAAUACAGUGUAGGUUCCUGUCAUGUGCUUCGAGGUACCAAGGAGUUUGGUACUCGAGUGGCUGCGUGACUUUCUGUUUAGGAGCGAUUUUUUUUCCUCGUCUUUCACUCUAAAUUAAGAAAAUAAGUGGACGUAGAGAGAGAGAGCUGUCUCUUCAUAAUUCUUGGCGUUGUGUCUGAAAUCUGAGUAAGAAUAGAAGCACCUACGAAUGUUAAGAUGAGUUAUGAUUUUUUUGUCAUGUUAUGUUUACGUAACUGUCGAUUAAUCCUGCACGGGACAAGAAAUUCACGUCCAUCUAUUCAAAUCCACAUUCAAUCUACAUCAGUUUAAUUAGAUCAUAGGAAGUAGAAUGAAUUUACUUACUGAUCGAUUAUAAGGAUUCUAAUGACUUUUCUCCAAUGUUUCACCUAUCAUUCAUCAUCUCUCAAACUCCAUUAAGGGAAAAAACGCUUUGUUCCCGUGAAAUUCAGUAUUCAUUUCACUUAAAGAGUCUUGCCAGAGAAAACGGGAAUCAGAAUCUCGUCAGUCCGGCAGAUGCUGAACGAACACAAAACAGAUUCCCAAAAGUUUCCCGCCGCUGCUAAUGUAAUUCUCGCCUUCACGCACGAGGCAGAAACACCUGCAGACUGUGUGCGGGCUGGCGGUGCGAGGAAGCGCGGCACAGAUGACUGGGAGGGACGAGAGUGGAGCAUAAUGACGCCUGGACCAGCUGUGGACACAUUUCCCGGCGCGGAUGUUGUAAAUUCACAUGUUGGCUGAGAAAGUUUCCGUGUCUUGGUGCUCGCCUUGCUUCCUUCUCGAGUUUGCAAAGAAAACGGGCGCGUGUAUCCAGGACACACUCAGGAAAUUCCGAGGUCGUUGUCUUGAGAUCCAGAUUUUUGGCGCUGAUUUUAUGCUAAUCGUUACGUCCAAGGAGAGAGAAGGAAGAGGAGGCGUCCGAUCCUGCUCCACACACCACAGAACACGCUGGGACACUGUGUAAUGGACCCGUUUCUCUCGUAGCUUUUGUGUUCCUGUUCCAGUAACGUGUGCGAGGAAUGGAUGGUUCGUUUAUUGCUCCACGUGAACUGUACCGCAGAUCGACUGUGUUUUAGGGGAUAUGUGUCACGUUUUACCAGUCGUAGUGUAACCAUAUCUAUGUAACGUGUGAACAUGUACAUACUGAGACAUAGUAAUAGAUAUAUUUUCAUUUGUAUCUAUUGGUAAUGUGCUAAUACGCGAGGCUCAUGAACUAACCACACCCCGUUAGUCCAUUAUCCUUCCCGGUAUGUGUCGCAGUACUGUCCAGCCAACAGGGUACUGCGUGGCGCGGCUGUGCGGGUGUCCACUGCCUCACGUGGGGCCACCAUCACACCACACACUCAUCAUGCUUAUACUUUGGCCUGUAUUCAGAAACUCUUUGCUCUCUCACCAUGAUUAUUUUCAAAGGCCACAGAAGUAAUUAGCCGAGUUUUCAAGACUAUUUCUCUGUUGGAUGUAGAUAUUUUUUGUUUAUCUGUCACUUAAACGGUAAAGCUUCCCUUAAUAACCCGUGUGACUUCAGCUAGAGUCUUUUGAAAGCAGUCGUGGUGCGUCGCAGAAGUGUUUCACCAUGUGGUAUUUGUCGCUUUCCGGAAAUAUGUGUUGUAAUUACGAAAAAAAAAAAGCAAAAAGCUCUGAACAUAUCUGGAUUCCAAAGGGCGUCUGUGUUUCCUGUUAUGAAUCAGAGAAGGAGACGUGGUGGUCCUCUCAUCCAGCCAUGCCGCGGCCACGUCAGCAUGCAUGUUUUAUGUAUGUUACGGAUGUUAUUUUUCUAAUAAAAGUAUAUCAA